CUUCAGAUUUUGCAAGUAAUUGACGCCCACUCAAUCUCCUCAUGGCUGCAAUUUCCGUGGUGGUCUGAAAAGGCUCGAUUAGAACAAUCGCAAUACGGCUAUGCACAUUUGCUUCCAAGCGCGAUAAUGCUUCUCCCAUCCCUCAUACCACUACUGUACUUAUUGCGAAAAGCAGUAAAACUGAAAAAAUACGAGCAGUUCUCAAAGCUUUUCGAGGUCACACCAGAACAUCCAGCCUUCCUUCGCAUUAAUGCAAAAAGAAUACUAGGACCAGGUUAA